AUGAAAAUUCAACAACAGCUAGUGCUAGUGCAUCCGACACCGCCUGUGAUGCCGACAAAGGUGUUGUCGCAGUUUACAUGUAGUCAAAACAUUAGGAAGAGUAUUGCUGCACCCAGCAGCUCUAGUAACAAUGAAGAAGAGACUGUGCAUGUUCCGUUCAAAGAUAUGGUCACAUUGUCCAUGGAUGAGACCGUCGCAGUAGAACCAGUUGAGACCCGAGUUGGCAACAAUACUUUCUUGAAAGAGACGUACCUUGUAAACAACAAAAGAGAUCGAGAUACGUCAGAGGAACCUGGAGACAAGACUUCUGCUCCUACAAAAUGUUCACCGUCUGGACAUGGGAAGGAUAAUGAAAAGAGCACAACACGACCUCGAACAUUGCAUUGUAGCAGCAAAGACAGCAUCAAUGGGAGCACGGCUUUGUUAUCUCCUUCUCCGUCUACUAGUGCUACAAUGCCAAUGAAAGUAGACUUGUCAAUGCAAGCAACUCCAAAUGAAGCUGUAUCGCAAACAUCCUUAUCACCACCAAAGGUGGCGUUUCGCAAGGGUGAAAAAAGCUUUCUUGACUUUCAUCAGCAUUAUGCUAUCACGAGACACCUAGGUGAAGGCUCGUACUCGACAGUCAAGCAGGUGACUCACCGCAAAAAAGGCGGGUUCUACGCGUGCAAAAUCGUAGACAAGCUGAGUUUAUCGGAGAUGGAUCGCGCUGCGCUUUCACACGAGGUGCGUGUGUUAUCAAGUGUUAACCACGUGAACAUCAUGCGCCUAUAUGAAGUGAUUGAAGACGACACUAAGUGUUACUUGGUCACGGAACUAGCUGAAGGUGGAGAUUUGUUUGAUCGGAUUGUCAAGCAAGGCAAAUUUCCAGAAUCCGAAGCGCAGAAAGUGACGGCUGCAUUAGUAGAGGCGUUAUACUAUUGCCACACGCAUAGCAUCAUUCAUCGUGACGUGAAGCCGGAAAACGUGCUCCUAUCAGGUGACGAUAUCAAACUCUGCGACUUUGGCUUCGCUAGACAGCUAAAUCACCCGGAAGAGCAGGCCUUGGAUUCAUGCGGAACUCCGGGGUACGCAGCGCCGGAAAUCUUGGACGGUCGAGCAUACGGCCUUGAAGUUGACGUGUUUUCGCUUGGUGUCGUGACGUACAUUAUGAUGUGCGGCUAUCCACCGUUUCCAAUGAAGCUUGCACAAUUACGAACGCAUCGGUUCAAUGUGCGCUACCCAUCCAAAGACUGGGCUGCCAUUCACAUUAAUGUGAAGACCCUUAUUUCCAAGAUGCUGCACGUAGACCCGAAAGAGAGACCGUCAAUGUCAGUUCUUCGAACACACCCGUGGAUUCAGACAGGCAAAGUAACGUUAGAGCGCCUUCGUCGAGAAAAUGAAGAGCGUCGUCGACUUGCCGAUCUUACUCGACGACAACAAGCAGCUUCGGCAAUACGCAAGAAUCUUGUCAUGAGUGGGUUUGAGGUCGUCAAAUAUGGUCGCAACGGACUACCUCAUCGUACAAAACUUCGCUUGUCGGCCGAUGGCAAAGUCCUCAGCUGGCAGCCGAAGCUGCUUAAACGGAGCUUGCUACGGUACCAGAAUGCGCGAAACUUUACGAGUUUGUUUGGCGCCGGUGUGAAGGACGGCAACGGAACCAGUCAGCCUGACCUGCAGGCUGGUCAACCUCAAAUCAGCCCAAUCCCAGCUGACGAUGUUGCUGCUGCGGCUACUAUCAAGCGCAAUGCAUCGGGGCAAAGUGCUCGCGCUACUUCCGGUGCAUCUCCUGAUUCUAAUAACAGUCCGUCCGGCAGCACUUCCGACGUUAUCAACGAGAAGCGUUUGUGGUGGCAUUCGCUACGUCGAGAGCGUGGUGCGAAGACUGAACGUACUGCCAGUGGUGGAUUCACGCUCAAUUUUGACACAAGACAGACCGGAAGCACCCCGUCAUCGCCAAUAACUCCUCCUACGGCAAAGAUGCUAGAUACCUAG